AUGGAGAAGGAAAAACGGUUUCACUUGUUCAUACCGCAGCGCCGGAACGCUGGGCAGGUGUCUGCUGGCAGAGGCCAGGUGAGCGCGGGGCCGCGGGGCCUUGUGCAGGGUUCUAACAAAUGCUCAGAUGAUGAUUUUAAGUUGCCAUCCAAUAUGUCGAACCGUGGUGAAAUCACUGAUUCAGAUACAAUUUCACAGCAAGUAAAACUUUGCUCUGAAGUAGAUGAAGAGAGUACAGAAACAAUGAAUGAAUUGUUCUCCAAACUCUACAAAGAGGCUGAGAAGAUCAAGCAGUGGGAACUGACUGUGGAAUCAGAACUAAACCAGAAAGAAAGAAAACUCCAAGAAAAUAGAAAGAUUAUUGAAGCACAGAAUAAAGCCAUUCAGGAACUGCAGUUUGAAAAUGAAAAACUCCGUUUGAAACUGGAAGAUGAGAUGUGUGAAAAUAAAGAUCUCUUGAAAGAAGCCACUGCUUUGAGGCAUCUGUGUAAUCUGCUCAAGGAAACCUACUCUCACUUCACAGAGAAGACCAGCAAAUAUGAACAGGAAAAAAAUGAAACAAGACAAUUGUAUGAGGAACUUCAUAGCGACAUAGAAAGAAUGACAGUGGCAUUUGAAGAGCUUCAUAUGCAAGCAGAGAAGGACAGACUGGAAAUGAGCAUCAAAUUAAAAGAAGAAGCAGAAAAGGUGGACAAGUUUGAAAAGGAAUGCAAACUGGAAGUCAGUCAGAAGGAAAAGCAGAUUUCAGCUCUUACCAUACAGAGAGAUGAAAAAGAUGGUGUAAUAGAAGACAUCAAGGCUCAGCUGAAGGCGUCAGAAAAUAAGAUUGCUGACUUAAUAGAAGCAAAAUUACGUGAAGAAGAAAUGUUGAAGGAAUCCCAGGCCAGUCAAGAACAUUUGAGGGCAGAGCUGGAAGAGGCUAAAAUUUCACUGCAAAAAGCAGAGGUUACUCAAAAGAACUUGGAAACAGAAUGCCAGACUACAGGGAAAACAUUAAUUCAGGUCACUGGAGAAAAGGAAGCACAGGAGGAAGAAUGUAAAAAAAUGGAAGCUUUGCUUGCAGCCCUGACAGAGGAGUUUGAGACUUCUACUGCCAAUUUGAAAAGCUUGCUGCAAAAGGAGCAAAAGAGAUUAAAGGAAUAUGAAGACAAGUCAAAGCUGCUUACGUUGGAGCUCCAAAAUAAGUCUGCUGAGCUGGAGGAGAUGACUAAAGUAAAAUGUGACAAAGAAGUGCAACUUGAAGAGCUGUCAGAAACUCUGGUAAAUGUUGGAGGACUUUUACUGAAGAAGGAUCUUGAGGCUACUGUAGAAAAUUUGCAGAGAGAGAAAAAUGUGGAGAGAGAAUCAAAACUUUUCCUUUUCCUUUUGCAGAAAGAAAUCCAUGAUUUGAAAGUACAGCUGACUAGUACAGCUGAAAAGGAACAAGAUUAUUUAAACCAGGUUUUGACUCUGAAAACAGAUCUUGAACAAGAAGAGUUGAAGAAUGAACAACUAACAGUGUAUCUCAAUAAGCUUUCACUAGAGAAAGAACAAAUAGCACAAGAGAAAAAUGGUGUGGCUGCAGAACUCAAGAGGCUGCAAGAAAAACAAGAGGAUAGUAAGAAAAAAGAAGAAAAUACAAAGCAGUUAGUUGAAAACCUCGAAGAGGCAAAUGGCCAGCUAAGAAGUGAACUGGAGUCUUUGAAGGAGAAAAUGGCAAAGACAGGUGAAGAGAUUAAAAGUAAACUGGAUGAAAGAGAAGAAAACGUUAAGGGUAUUGAAAAUGGAAUUUCAAUAAAAGAAAAGCAGUUGCAGAUUCUAGAAAAUAAGAUGAAUAGUUUAAAGAAACAGGUGGAAAAUAAAGCCAAGCACAUUGAAGAGUUGCAGCAGGAGAAUAAGGUGCUAAAAAAGAAAAUUACUGCAGAAAGCAAGAAAAACAAUAUUUAUGAAGGGAAGGUGAAUAAAUUGCAGUUAGAGAUGGAAAAUAUGAACAAACAACAUAAGGAAGCAGUUGACAUCUAUCAAAAAGACAUAGAAGCAAGAAAAAUGAAUGAAAAUAAACUUCAUGAAGAGGUAGAAAAGCUGAGGUUGCUUUAUGAUGAAGCAACAAUGAUACAAAGAGAAACUGAUAUCAGAUGUCAGCGUAAGAUAACUGAAAUGGUGGCACUUAUGGAAAAGCACAAGAAUGAAUAUGAUAAAGUGAUUGAAGAAAAAGAUGAAGAGUUAAAAGUAUAUAAAAUUAAACAGCAAAAGCAGUUAUCAUCAGAAAGAGCACUGGAAAAUGAGCUGUCAUGUUUGAAAAGUGAACUGUCAUCCCUUAAGGAACAACUGAAAGCAGAAAUUGAAGAGAAGGAGAAUCUUGUAAAAGAGCACUCUCAAAAGAUGAUUUCUGAAAGUGAAAAGAAGCACAAGACAUACAUUGUAAAGACUCCUCCAGUAGAUAAACUGCAAAGUGGAAGAAGCACAAACCUACCUUCAGAGGAGAGCACAAGGAAAAAGCAAAAAGUGCUUCUCCAGUUGGAUAGUCAGUCAGACAGCUCUGAGUACACUGACCUCCUGACCAUAGUCUCAGAAGAAGAAAUGUUUGAAAAAUUGUACAAAGAUUAUCCACAAGCUUCACAAUUACAUUCCACAGCACCAAAAAAGACACCAACUUCAUCCAAUGUGAAAUCUCCAGGCUCUUCACUGAGAUUCAAAACAAUGAGGAGAACGCGCCAGGCGGACUGGACUGCGGUUUCCAAAAUGGACAGGAAAAGAAAAAUUAAAGAAGCUGCAAAGUUCUUUACUCAAAAUGCAGAAAUCCCCAGUGCCUGGGCAUUGCUUAUGGGUGCCACCAUAGGGAGGAUAGAGAACAGCUCCGUCAUGAUUCAGCCCAGUGCAAUGAUAGGAAAGAUUGAAUGUACUGAAGCAUUACGUAUUGUCAACACAAAAGCCGUGGCUGUGUUUGUGGUGGGAUCGAGAGAUCAAGUAUCCGUCACCCGCGGAGCUGGGCGCGCAAGCUUCGUCAACCGAGAGGCGGCAGGGGAACAAAGACUGCCCUCCCCCGCCUGCACCCUCCACGGUGCCUUCACCGGUGCCGCGAGCACCGCCACGAGCGGCCGUGGGGGACCCCUUGCUGUCGACGGUGUGCUUCAGCACCCCCACACCCUCUGCGUCCCUUUCUCCUGUGCUGCAAGUGACAGCACAGAUGCCCCUGCUGCAGCCUGCCGGCGCGAUGGAGAGAGCGGCUCCCCCGCAUCUAUCCAUGGGGCCCGCGCAUGCGCCAGUGUUGCUGAGACACCCAUUGCAGCAGCCCUCAUCAAGGGUGUCCCCUCCAGCCUCCGCACCGCCUCUGCACAGACCCCUGACGGCAGCGGCACUGCCCACCACGGCAGAGGCAGGCGUGGUUCCUUCCCUCUGUGCCCAGCCCAGUGUAGGGGGGCAAACGAGUCCACAACCAGAGCUGUCACCCGUGCCGGCUACUGCAACCCUGUUGCCAGGGCAACCACCGCUAGGAACAACAACAGCUGA